AUGCAUCUUAUGUAUGUUCUCGACAAGGAUGGCAAGAGGGUGUACACCCUCAAGAAGGUCCUGAACGGCGAAGUCACCAAGUCUGCCCAUCCUGCCCGGUUUUCGCCAGAUGACAAGUACUCCAGACACCGUGUCACCCUCAAGCGGAGAUAUGGCCUCCUGCUGACCCAGCAGCCUGAGAAGACGAACGCGGCGCUGUGA